AGUUAAUUAGUUGGCGUUUCGACCACUAGGGGCGCUACUCGAUCCAGCUGCUCGUCGUCCAAGGCCGCUUAUGCGGUAACGCCGGUACACAGUCGGUGGUUGGAGACGGGACCGUGUCGUGCCGUUCCGCGCGCUCUUACUGUCACUAUGGAAGUUGACCAGGUGUGGUGAUCAUCCGGGACACUAUGACCCUAGUGCUAACGGCCAAUUUCGGCAAGGCGUCGACCGUGGGAUGCAUCUACGAUGAAGAAACCAUGGAUUUAGAGAAUGCGAUCGUCUCCAACGACAACUGGUUGCAAAAGGAUAACAUCGCAGGGCAGCAAUGCGUCGGAAACGGCACCAAGAGGAAACAGUGCGAAGAGUUGGACACAGAAGAAGCUAAGAGAACUAAACUAGAAGAGAACGAAUCUCUUCCUAGAAGGAGAGUACCAUUGCUAUGGAGUCCACGCAUGAAGUGGAAGGACGAGAGACGAAAAGUAUUAAAAAUGUCAGUGAAUAAAUUAAGAAGAAUCGACGAUCCGGAAGCAUACUUAAGACGUUCCGUUCUUAUAAAUAACACAGUUAGAAAACUUCAAAUGGAGAUACGUCAGGAGCGCAAUAACCAGAAUGCAAUCAUGCUCAAAUCGAAAAACUGGGGUUUCGAUCCUCAGCUACCCGAUGACGAAUAUCCAAAAAAUUCCAAUCGUAAUUUAGAUAGCAACAAAGAGGAUGUUUCGUGCGACGAGAUAUUCGGUGUACACGAAGAAUUUUUGAGAAUUAACCUACCAGAUAGAUGCCCCCUGACACCCGAAAGAUCGAAAGGGAACAGGAACAGGUCCAGGAAUCCCAGUGGAAGUAGUCAGUGUGCCACACAGUAUAGGACCGUAAAGGACUUUUUAGUGAAUGAUUCCCAUCAAGGAAACCAUUUCGAUAACGUAGUGUACCAUAGCUUGUUGGCAUCUUUAGAAUCGUGACGUCUCUCGACGACGAUCGUGUGUGAGUGCGUGAAUGUGAUACUGUAUGGAUUGUAUUAUUAAUGACGAUAACGAUGAUGACGAUCUCACGAUCGAGAAACAAAACAAACAAAAAAAAAAUACAAAUCAGAUUUUUCUGAUUUAUAUAAUAUACAAUUUUUUUUUUCUGUUGUGUGUGAAUUAAAAAAAGCAAUAUAAGGAAGUUCAGUGUUGAUGACCCACAUUGAUAUAUAAACCACACGACACGUUUGGAUGAUUUUCUUAACAUUGUUGGAAUGCCUAUUGAGAUAAUGGCACGUGCCGUUAAAAGUCACUUCAAAUAUGACGAUAUAUAUAACCAGGGGGAUGUUGUUCAAGGUCGGACUGAAGCACCCAGACUUCUACAGCCUCCAGGGUGACGUUUAGCAUAUAUAGCAAUUGAUCAUCAAGGUCACGUGAUUAGUUAUUUUGUAAUAUUAAACACGUAAAAACAAUACAUUUAUGUGUUAAAACAAUAGCAAAGUAUUCCAUAAUUAAUAUUUAAUAAUAAAAAAAAGGCAUUAAAUCUAUUCCUGGAAACACACCUUUUCUGUCUGGUUGAUUAUCAAUUUUUUUCUGGAUUUUCCUGCACUUUUUUUUUUUAAAUUGCCAAUUUGGUGUAAUAACUAUUUAUAAUAGCAAAUUGCAAGGUUAUUUAACUUAUACAGGAGUUUACCUCGUUCCGAUCACGUGACUGCAAGGUCGUCUGGGAUAUAAUCUCAUUUCCUAGUCUGUGUAUCCUCCUUCGAUUGAAUGGCCAUAAACAGGAUGGUUUUAUGUAAUUGAAGAUGUAUUUAAUAUGCUUAAAUAUGAAUAAAAUUAUUUGUUUUUUUUU